AUGCUGCAAAUCAUUAUAAAUGUCAUUUACAUAUUUGAUACAUACUUGAUUCACCAAUCACUUGAUUUAGUGUUAUAUAGAUCCCUAUAUAUUGUUUGGAUGUUGGUCUCUUUGGUGAUGCAAAAGAUUUCUUAGAGAUAUUAGAAUGCAUUAAUUAAUGUAUCAAUUCUCGUCGACAGUGUGUUUAACAUAUUGCUUUAUUUUUAUUUUAUGAAAUUUGUUAUCAAGACUGAAGAUAAGAUUGAAGAUGUAAUAAGUUAUUCAUUUGUUUCUGGUAUGUAAUAAGUAUUUUUUGCAAUCAGUUUGAGUUUAAUAUAGUCUAAUUAUUUGAUGUAAAGCCUAACCAUCACUAGCUACUUUCUUAUUCUGAUAGGAAUAUUCGAAUAAUUUUAAAAUAAUCGAUUAUGGUCUCAAUACAUACUUUUAUUUUUUACCUGUCUUUUAUUAAGACAAAAUGAGAAGUCAAGCAGAUUGAAUUAUCUGUUGAUUCACAAAAAGUAAACAAAUUUAGAGGAAUGUAAAAAAUUAUUUGAUGACACUAUUCCCACAUCAAUUAUAAUUUUAGAAUUAAUUUAAAAAUAAUCAAGUAAAAGAAAUGAUUUAUUGAAUUCUCCUUUUAGCUUAAAAGAUGAUUUAUAAACCCCAGAAAAUAGAUCAAUGAAUGUAAUUUACUAUAACAAAAGUGCUUCUAUUCAAUUUGAAACUGAAAAUGAGGACAAAUUAAUAGAGAGAUUAUAAGAGCUAGAGAUGGUUACUAUGGACAAUUUAAAUUUGGAUAAAGAAAAAAAGAAGCUUAUGGAUAAGAUAAUAGAAUUAUAAUCAACAAUUUAAAAAGAGAUUAAACUAAACGCAUAUUACCCAUUUGAUUAUUAAAUUAUAUCCUAACAUCAUGAUAUGUAAUGUUAAAGGGUAAAAUAUUUAACAUAAAUUACUAGUUAACUAGAAUUCAAGACAAAGUAUAAUUCUAUGAUACUAUAGUAUAAGGUUGUUUAUGGGAAGGGAAGUUAUGUAUGAUGCUGAUAUUGAAUAACACAACAGAUAGGGAAUUAAGAUUGCAAAAUUUAAAGGAAUUAGACAAUUAUAAAGAUAAUCUACUAGCUUCGGUUUCUCAUGAUCUUAAAACUCCCUUGAAUGUACAAACAAUAAUAACUAAUGUGAUCAAAAAUAGUUUAGAAAGUAAAGAGAACAUUUAGUAAUCAGAAAUUUUAGGUACUCAUUUAUUUGGCUAAGUUAAGAAAUCAUAAAGUAUUUAGAUGACAUGCUAGCCAACCAAUAUAUUUAAUCAAAUAUGAUCAAUGAUCUUAUUGAUUAUUCAUAAAUGAAAGCACAAGGAUUAAGAUUAAAUUUAACUCAUUUUGAUCUAUCUUUGUGCAUUCAAUAGAUUAAAUAAAUGUUUAAGACUCAAAUAGAAAUAAAAAACCUAUAAUUAAUCAUUACAGAGCUUAAUGAAAAAAUUAUUUUAUUUUCUGAUCAAACCAGAUUAUAAUAAAUACUGUUUAAUUUAAUCUCAAAUGCUAUUAAAUUUACUUUUUCUGGGAAGAUAUCUAUCAUAAUUUAAAUCGUAAAAGUAUAAGAUACACAAUUGAUAUAAUUUUCUGUAUAAGAUACAGGCAUAGGCAUACCAACACAAAUCUAAAAUAAAUUAUUCAAACCUUAUUCUACCUUUAAUUUAGGAAAUUUCAAUCGCCAAGGUAUUGGAUUAGGUUUAGUAAUCUCAAAGAAUCUUGUUGGAUUAUUAGGACCAAAACCAUAAAUCGAAUUGAUUUCUAAGGAAAAUGAAGGGUCUUCCUUUACAUUUACUAUCUAUAAGAACAUGUAAGAGAAGUAAAUUUAGCCUUAGAAGUGCAACUAUGAAUUUAUAUCUUCAGAAAAUGAUCCUUCACCUAUUAAAUAAAUGCCUAGCUUUUCAAUAGUUUAAUAACAAAGAUCAACAUAAAAAGCUAAGACUUUAAUAGAUUUAUCAAAAGAUGUAAUAAUGUCAUUACAUAUAUUAAUUGUGGAUGAUUCAGCAUUUAAUUUGCAUGCGCUUAAAUUAUUACUUAAGAAAAGAUUGCCAAAAUCCAUUAUUGAUUAAGCUUUAAAUGGAAAAGAGGCUGUUGAGAAAGCAUAGAAACAAUAGUUUGACUUAAUUUUCAUGGAUAUCUAAAUGCCAAUAAUGAAUGGCAUCGAAGCAAUCGAGCUUAUUCGAAAGUGUGAUGAAAAACAAUCACAUAAAUUAAAACGACCAAUAAUUUGCAUAUUAUCAGGUGGGAAAGAUGAUUUUGACCAUAACUUAACAAAAACUAUUGGUGCAGAUUUGCAUUUAGAAAAGCCAUUGUCGAUAGAUGAUCUAAGAUUUCUCUUGGAAAAAUUUUAAUUAUUAUGA